CUUCCAGCAGCAGAAGAGCAGACGGGUAAAGUUGUGUGACGACGCGCAUGAAGUUUCAAGAUACCGAGUUUGGGUUAUUUUCUCGUUAUCAGCCGCUGGUUUCUCUUUCAGAUGCAGUAUAUUCGGUGACAGUUUCUGGUGUAUUAAAAGCGACAGAUUAAAACAAUGGAGAAUGGGCAAAGCCGCCUCCAUCAGGCCCAGCAGGAUGUGGAGGAUAUCAAAGGCAUCAUGCUUAAUAACAUAGAAAAGGCUGACGAGCGUGCAGGAAAACUCGGGGAGCUGGAGGACCGAGCUGAUAAACUCCUUGAAAAGAGUGAACAAUUCUCAAAGACCUCGACUAAGGUGAAACAGAAGAAGCGCUGGGAGAAUAUUAAGUACAAAGUGAUCAUAGUAGCAGUUGUAGCUGCAGUGUUCCUCAUCAUUAUUGUAGUUUUGGCUGUGAGCUUAAGCAGACAGGACAGUAAAAACACACUUGAAGACAGGCCGGCAACACCAGGAGAUGGCUAGAAGAUAAGCAGUCAGAUAAGAAGAUGAGUGAACAUAAGUUGUGUUUGAAAUUCUUCAAAUCACCACCUUGAAAAUGUUAAGAAGAGGGAAGUUUUAUAGAUCGAUAAAUGUACAAACUAAAUCUGUGAUGCUACUUUUUUUUUCAAGAGGAUGCUUAAAAAUAAUGUGGUUGAUAAAAAUGAUACCAUGGUGUCACUAUAAUUUAUGCUUUGAUUUUUCAAUGGUAAUACACAUCAGUAUGUGACAUUAAUGGUAACAGUUUACAUGUAUUCUUUUUGGACUGAACUUUAGCCAUAAUUUAGAUAAAUCAGUGCCAACCACGGGUUAAAGUGUAGCAGGAAAAAUAUGUUAGAUGGCGUAGACAUUUUCAGGGAGUAGAGCAUUAAUCUUGUUCUUGAAAAAAAAAGCCUUUCUUCAUUCCUUUUUUCAUCAGUGAAAAGUGUGUGUGAUGAUCUCAAAAUCAAAAAAAAUGUCUGUGUGUUUGGUUUUUUUUUCAAAGUAUUAACGGACGAAUUUUCCAGCCUUGGUUCCCACAGCAAUACAUAUUUUGUAUGUCUUUAUAUGAUCGACCCAUUUCAGGUCUCUGAGUUUCUAUGAGCUGAUGAGUUUAAUCAGAUGUGUUUGAUUAUGGAGACAUACAAAAUGUGCAUUAUUGGGAGUAAUCCAGAUUCUGAUUUGGGACAUAUAUUGUGUGACUUUGGCAGGUUUGUGCUAAAACUUAUCUAAAGGUUGUAAAAUGUUAUUGUUAUGAUUAUUAUGACUUUAACCACCAUAGAAAUUGAGGAGGGCAUAUUCCCUCAGAAUUCAUAUUUAUCAGAAGACAAUUUCUGUGAUUUUUUUUUUUUUUUUUUUUCAAUAUCCAGUUCUUAAAAUGUUACAUUUUGGUCCCCCUUAAUCUUGAAUAAUUCCAUCCUUAGCCAUUACGAUAUUAAAGCAGAUUACUGUAAAAGUAGUCAUGACUUGAUAUCCAAAUUUUGCUGUUAAAAACAGCUUUCUAUAUAUAUAUAUAUAUAUAUAUAAUUUGUGUGUA